AUGUCCAAGAAGGAUGUGGCGUGUUUCUGGAUCGUACUGCUCCUGUGCCAAGAGCUACGGACCGACCCGAUCGCAGAGAUGGGACCAUCCUCCGGCAUCCUGAUUCAAGAAACACCAGGGUUCAUCUUGACAGAGAAGAGGAUCCUGACCCGACGUGUGUUCGUCAGCUUGGACCCCAAGAUUUCCAUCGAGAAGGCAUACAACAUUUCAUCGAUGCAGCUUCCUGAGUUACAGACUUGGUACCAGAUGCACCUCCAAAGAGCACAGGACCGUGUGCGAAACAUCUUGGAGCAAGCCCAGAAACCAUUUGUAUCCAGUUCUAUUCCGAUGAGCAACCGACCCAAAAGGUUCCUCACCGCUAUAAUUGUUGCAUUAGUUUGUGCCACUGUCGGUGCAGUUGUCGCAACUGGAAUGUCUGCAGCCAACUCUAUUACUGUCCAAAAGCUGGAUAUGGAAAUCUAUGCGCUAAAGCAACACAUUAACGAUAUUCAUCAGGUGAUAAACCAGCAAAGAACACUUCUCCAAGACGUGUUAACUAUUGUGGAAGACACAGUUGUUACAACAAAUUUGCAUUCGGAGUUAAUUGCCAAAUCCACUGAGUUGCACCAAAGUCAUGACUUAUUUAAGCGUGAACUUCUAUUUCUGCAUGACCCAAUAUUGUUCCACACACUUGCUUUUCUUGACGAAGUGCAAACUGGAAUGAUCGAAUUGGCAGGGGGACGCAUACCUCUGUAUUUUGUAUCCAAGGAUAUUGUUCAUGCGAUGCUUGCCAAUGUGGAUGGAAAGACAAUUGAGCCUAUGCAAUUAAAUCUGGCCUUUGAGAUGGGGAGCGCUAUACCUCUCUUAAUUGAUCCGGAACGUAUGGAGAUUUGCUUUUUAUUGACCAUACCAUAUGUAACUCCCAAAGACAUUUUUCAAAUGAAAACAAUGUACUAUGUAAUAAUGAUAUUAUGGUUGAUUGUACUAAGUGUAAAGUUCAAAACUUUUACAGGUACAAAUAUAUACAAAAAUGUUCAUUCCACGCACGGGCCUAUGUUAGAAAUGAUGUGAUUGCACAAUAUGUCUGAUAACUUCUAUAGUGCUUAUUCAUAAGCUAAAUUAAUUUUGGCUAUGAAAUGCACUAAAGGGGGGUUAUGUCAGAGUAUUUAUAUCGGCAGACAUUUUGUGCUAUGAUAGAAACUAAAAGUGUAUAUUCUGAGUCACUCUGAACAGACCAGACUCCAUUUUGUUAUUCCAAGUCAAAAAAACAAAGAGACACAGGAUUUCUUUCUGUAAGACUGGCCUCUUUGCCAGAGCUAAGGAAUGCAUAGUAUAAACAAGUGAUAAGGAAGGGGGUUGGACAGACUGUCUAAUGCUAAUGGAAUAUAAUCAAAUCUAAACCCAGACAAUUGUGACAGAGAAGAUUAAAUAAUUUAAUAUUUAACUGUCUAUAUAUAUAAGGUACCAUUGUAUGGAAAAGGGUAAACUUAGUUCAUGAUCUGUCAUAUCAGAAAUUAUGGCAGGAAUUGCAGACGCUAAGUCUGGACAAAACUUUAAGAAACCCUUUGAAAUCUGAAUUAUGGCCACUAUCUAGAUAGGCCAAAAUGACGUCAAAAUAGCCACCAGGAAAAGUUAACUCUUUCCUGGAUAGGUAUGUUUAGUGGGACAAGACUGCCCUCUACAGACCAAAUAACUAAUUUGCGAUCUGGAAGAUAACCACACCUCUAGUGCUUCUAUUGGGUUAUCAACUGAUGACGUACAGAGAGUCUGGCCCUUUAAAAGUUAAGACAAAGGGAAGAGAGGGAAAUACGAGAGAGGGAGGCAAGAUAUGCAAGAGAUGCAAAGGAGAGGAGAGAGGAAUUGGAAGUUUGGGGAUUCCAACUCGGACAACAUCUGAGACUAACACUCUACUCCUAAAACUCUAACACUUAGAAUUUACUGACUUUCUAACCAACACCUCCAUGCAGAGAGACUACCAAUCGGAUGAAAUAUCUACUCAACUGGUAAUUAUACUGGUUUCAUUUAAUUAAAUUAAAUUAAUUAAAAUGUAUUAAUAGCAUUAUAUAUGACUGGAUAAAGCACGGUCAGAUUUCCAUAUUAAGAAAUCUUAGUUAACUAAGAAUAUAUAGUUAUAAAUAUUCCAUUCUGCAGGUGGAAUUAAGAAUAAUUAUAUAUUGAUGUGAUAUUAUCACGUGUUAGCAUACCGCUGUUUUUAUCCAGGUGUAUUGAUUUGCUCUAAAUUAAGAUAGAUAUCUUUUAGACAAAUUAAAAUCUGCUUAUAUAAUAUAUUAGACUCUCUUAUUGGAUGGUUUAAGAAAAUGAAUUUAAACUGGUUUAAAUGUUAUUUUAUUUAAAAAUUACAUAAGAAUAGAUCUUAAAUACCUAGGAGAUCUAGCCAGCAUUGGAAGGGUUAUUCUAACUGUCUGCUAAACUUUACGACCUUACGCUGCACUCUGAGGAAUUCUGUUCUUCGCUGUGAAAAGUUUCACUUAAGUCUGUGUUAAGGAUACCUCAUAAAUCCUCAGAAUUCUUGACAGGAAAUGCUAUUUAGCCAUUGUAACGUAAUACCCAUUUCUUUGUAUUGCAUAUCAUUUUAUACUGAAUAUUCAUUGAUUAUUGUCAUGCAUGUUACAUAAUAUUAUUAUUAAUUUGUCAUCAUAAAUAAAAAUCUAUUUUUAUAACAAAUCGUGAAUAUUAUUUAUAUGAAAUACUUUCCACUUAAUACGAUAAACGUUCUUUGGGAUCUGAGAAUUGAAUUAGUGGGCAAUUCUCAACUGUUUACUAUUAUUAUCCCAUAAAUAUCCCCACACUCUUAAGUGUAGACUUUUUUUCUGGUCUUACCCAUUCCUCUUCGAUGAUAUAUUUGACGACAGGAUGAACAGGAAAUGUAGGCUUCACUGAUCUUCAAAGUAUUUAUUAGAUCCCAUAGUUGAGCCCACAUAUUUUAACACAGCUUCUAUGUAACAAUCCAAAGGAUCUCCAGAUCUCGGUACAUCAUGGACAAAAGCUACAGGUAUCUCCUCUGCAGUGUUUGAGGCAUCACUUUGCACCGCUUGUUGCAUAUCAUAGUCCACCAGUGCUUGUAAUAGUUCCUCUUUUGUUUUUCCCCAGACAGGGAAUAG